UUCAGGGGCACUGGGCUGCGAGUUCAGGACUUGAGCUCCUGUCAGUCAGUAAAUCAGGAAGGAUCCUUUCGGUUAACUUAUUUUCAUCCUGUCUCCCAACCUCGUCUUUCCAGGGAAGGGAAGGAGAAGCGAACCGGAACCCCGAUCCUCUCUUCUCCUUCAAUGGGGCAGAAAAGACUACGGCAGUGCAAUAAGGGAGCCGGAGCCUGAGUGACCCUGCGUCUCUCCUGGGCCCGCCCAGCUCGAGCUCGGCUUCGGUCCGGCAGCCGCCAUGGGAGACCCUGCCCCAGCCCGAAGCCUGGAUGACAUCGAUCUGUCCGCCCUGCGGGAUCCUGCAGGAAUUUUUGAGCUAGUGGAAGUGGUCGGCAAUGGUACUUAUGGACAAGUGUAUAAGGGUCGACAUGUGAAAACAGGGCAGCUGGCUGCCAUCAAGGUUAUGGAUGUCACAGAGGAUGAGGAGGAAGAGAUCAAACAAGAAAUCAAUAUGCUGAAAAAAUAUUCCCACCAUCGCAACAUUGCAACAUACUAUGGAGCCUUUGUCAAAAAAAGUCCUCCUGGAAAUGAUGACCAACUCUGGCUGGUCAUGGAGUUCUGUGGUGCUGGUUCUGUGACAGAUCUGGUGAAGAAUACUAAAGGAAAUGCUUUGAAAGAAGAUUGUAUCGCCUACAUUUGCAGGGAGAUCCUCAGGGGACUGGCCCACCUCCAUGCCCACAAAGUGAUUCAUCGAGAUAUCAAAGGCCAAAAUGUGCUGUUGACAGAGAAUGCAGAAGUUAAGCUAGUGGACUUUGGGGUGAGUGCCCAGCUGGAUCGAACAGUGGGCAGGCGGAAUACAUUCAUUGGUACUCCCUACUGGAUGGCCCCAGAAGUUAUCGCCUGUGACGAGAAUCCUGAUGCUACCUAUGACUACAGGAGUGACAUAUGGUCUCUAGGAAUCACAGCUAUUGAGAUGGCAGAGGGAGCCCCCCCUCUGUGUGAUAUGCACCCCAUGCGUGCCCUCUUCCUCAUUCCUCGGAACCCCCCGCCGAAGCUGAAGUCUAAGAAAUGGUCUAAGAAAUUCAUUGACUUCAUUGAUACAUGUCUCAUCAAAACAUACCUGAGUCGCCCACCCACUGAGCAGCUUCUCAAAUUCCCUUUCAUCCGUGACCAACCCACAGAGCGACAGGUCCGAAUUCAGCUUAAGGAUCACAUUGACCGUUCCCGAAAGAAAAGGGGCGAGAAAGAAGAGACAGAAUAUGAGUACAGUGGCAGUGAAGAGGAAGAUGACAGCCAUGGAGAGGAAGGAGAACCAAGCUCAAUCAUGAAUGUGCCUGGUGAAUCUACACUCCGUCGAGAAUUCCUCCGUCUUCAGCAGGAAAACAAGAGCAACUCAGAGGCCCUGAAGCAGCAGCAGCAGCAGCAACAACAGCAGCUACAGCGUGACCCAGAAGCUCACAUCAAGCACCUCCUCCACCAGAGGCAACAGCGCAUUGAGGAGCAAAAGGAAGAGCGACGUCGUGUUGAGGAGCAACAACGUCGAGAUCGGGAGCAGCGAAAGCUGCAGGAGAAGAAGGAACAGCAACGGCAAGACAUGCAAGCUCUUCGAAGGGAGGAAGAACGUCGUCAGGCAGAGCGAGAACAGGAGUAUAUCCGACAUAAAUUGGAGGAAGAGCAGCGGCAGCUUGAGAUCCUUCAACAACAGCUGCUCCAGGAACAGGCCCUGCUGCUGGAAUACAAGAGAAAGCAGCUAGAGGAACAACGACAGUCAGAGAGGCUUCAGAGACAGCUGCAGCAGGAACAUGCCUAUCUCAAGUCCUUGCAGCAGCAACAGCUCCAAAAGCAGCAACAGCCACCUACAUCAGGAGACAAAAAACCCCUGUAUCACUACAGCCGGGGUGCUAACCCUGCUGACAAGCCAGCCUGGGCCCGAGAGGUAGAGGAGAGGACAAGAAUGAACAAACAACAGAACUCACCCCUAGCCAAGACUAAGCCAAACAGCACAGGACCAGAUCCUAUUCCCCCACAAGCCCCUGUUGGGCCUUCUGGGCCCCUUUCUCCAACCCCACCCAUGCAGAGGCCAGUAGAGCCCCAGGAAGGACCACACAAGAGCCUUGUUGCACAUCGGGUCCCACUGAAGCCAUAUGCAGCACCUGUGCCCCGUUCUCAAUCCCUACAAGAUCAGCCUACUAGAAACCUGGCUGCCUUCCCUGCUGCUCAUGAUCCUGACCCCACUGCCCUCCCACCUACUGCUACUUCUGCCUCUCGUGGAGCCAUCAUCCGACAAAAUUCAGACCCCACUUCUGAGGGUCCUGGCCCCACACCAACACCCCCGUCUUGGAAUCGAGCAGACAGUGAGGCACCACCUAAGGUACCCCAGAGGACCUCAUCUAUUGCCAUUGCCCUUAACACCAGUGGAGCUGGAAGUUCCCGACCAGUACAACCUGUCUGUGCCAGUAACCCAGACCUUCGAAGGAGUGAGCCAGGCUGGGAGCAUGGAGAUAGCCUCCUCCAGUCCCAUGGCCACCUACCACAGGCUGGCUCACUAGAGCGCAACCGAGUAGGAGCAUCUUCCAAGCUGGACAACUCUCCCAUCCUGUCUCCAGGGAACAAAGCCAGAUCUGAUGACCAUCGCUCUAGGCCUGGCCGGCCUGCAAGUUAUAAGCGAGCAAUUGGUGAGGAUUUCGUGUUGCUAAAAGAGAGAAUGGCAGAUGAGGCCCCCCGGCCUCCCAAGAAAGCUAUGGACUAUUCAUCAUCUAGUGAGGAGGUGGAGAGCAGUGAUGAUGAUGAAGAGGAGGAAGGAGACGGGGACCAUUCUGAGGAAAGCAGGGACACUCCUGGAAUUCGUGAUGGAGACACAGAUAGUAUCAGUACCAUGGUUGUCCAUGAUAUUGAGGAAUUGUCUGGGGCCCAGACCCCCUAUGGAGGAGGCACCAUGGUGGUCCAGCGUACGCCUGAGGAGGAGCGAGGACUGCUGCAUACUGAAAGCAAUGGCUAUACUAACUUGCCUGAUGUGGUCCAGCCCAGCCAUUCACCCACUGAGAGCGGCAAAGGCCAGGGCUCCCCAGUUAAAGAUGGAAGCAGUGAUUACCAAUCUCGUGGCCUAGUAAAGGCCCCAGGCAAGAGCUCCUUCACUAUGUUUGUGGAUCUGGGGAUUUACCAGCCGGGAGGCAGUGGGGAUACUAUCCCUAUUACAGCCCUGGUGGGUAGAGAAGGUGGGCGGCUGGAGCAGUUGCAGUAUGAGGUUCGAAAAGGCUCUGUGGUCAAUGUGAACCCUACUAAUACUCGGCCCCACAGUGACACCCCUGAAAUUCGAAAGUAUAAGAAACGAUUUAACUCAGAGAUCCUCUGUGCUGCCCUGUGGGGUGUGAACUUGCUGGUAGGCACAGAGAAUGGGUUGAUGCUGCUGGAUCGAAGCGGGCAGGGGAAAGUGUAUGGGCUCAUUGGGCGGAGACGUUUCCAACAAAUGGAUGUCCUGGAAGGGCUUAACCUGCUCAUCACCAUCUCAGGGAAAAGGAAUAAGCUUCGAGUUUACUAUCUGUCUUGGCUCCGGAACAAGAUCUUACACAAUGACCCAGAGGUGGAGAAGAAACAGGGAUGGACUACUGUAGGGGACAUGGAGGGCUGUGGGCACUAUCGAGUUGUGAAAUACGAACGAAUUAAGUUCCUGGUAAUUGCCCUGAAGAGCUCAGUGGAGGUGUAUGCUUGGGCCCCCAAGCCCUACCAUAAAUUCAUGGCUUUCAAGUCCUUUGCUGACCUCCCUCACCGGCCACUGCUGGUUGACCUGACGGUGGAGGAGGGACAGCGACUCAAGGUCAUCUAUGGCUCUAGUGCUGGCUUCCAUGCUGUUGAUGUGGACUCAGGAAACAGCUAUGAUAUCUACAUCCCUGUGCAUAUCCAGAGCCAGAUAACUCCUCAUGCCAUCAUCUUCCUUCCAAAUGCUGAAGGCAUGGAGAUGCUUCUUUGUUAUGAGGAUGAGGGUGUGUAUGUUAAUACCUAUGGCCGGAUCAUCAAGGAUGUGGUGUUGCAGUGGGGAGAAAUGCCAACCUCUGUAGCCUACAUCUGUUCCAACCAGAUCAUGGGCUGGGGUGAGAAAGCCAUCGAGAUACGCUCCGUGGAAACAGGGCAUUUGGAUGGGGUCUUCAUGCACAAGCGAGCACAGAGACUCAAAUUCCUGUGUGAGAGGAAUGACAAGGUGUUCUUUGCUUCAGUUCGGUCUGGAGGCAGCAGCCAGGUUUACUUCAUGACUCUGAACCGUAACUGCAUCAUGAACUGGUGAUGGACACCCAGGCUGAGCAGAGAUAGGUGGGGUAUAUCUCCAUACUGGACAUGUAACCCAUCUCUACUUCCUGCUGCCACCACCAUGACCAACAAAAAGCCAGGCUUCCCAGGCCUCUCCCUCUCUACCCUUCCUGGGCUUUUGCUUUUUUUUUUUUUUUUUUAGUUUGAUUCACUGGAGCCUGCUGGGAACGUGACCUAUGACCCCUGAAGCUUUUUGUGAUCACGUGACCUUCCCUUUCCUCUUUCCUCUCUCAAAAUGUUCUCUCUUAAAAAAAACUGUGCCUGUUACUCCCAACUCCUGGAUAGAGGUACAGCUUUCUCCCACCAGAAAUUAUUUGGGAAUCAGCCCCUUCCUUCCUCUUCCUCCCUCUUCCUCCCCCACCAAAGAGGAAAGUGCUUGGGGAUGCCUCCCUUCAUUCUACUGCUGCUAUCUAGGGCAGAGUCCCAGGGCCCUUUUUUGCACGCCAGGGGGACCAACUCCUCCAAUGAAUGUACCAGACCCUGGGGGGGGUGGCAUAGAGACGGGGUCACCAGUCACUCCAGGGGAAGGGGGGGAUGGUCCAUGGGGACCAUUUCCUCAUUACUUUCUGAAAGCACUUUAAUCAUCUCCCCCCUCCCCAUCUCCAGGGAAUGGGGAGGGGGGCUGCCAGCCAAAAUAAUCCUUCCCCUUUCUAAUCUUAUCUCCCCUUUCCUCUUCUCCAAUCCUCUUCCUGGAUGGGGGGUGGGGGGAUGGGACUGGCUACUGCUCUCAUCUAUCCCCCCAGCCCCACCUUGCUUGCAUUUGUAUAUAGUGUGAGCAGCAAGUAGCUCCCUUCAUCCUAUUCCCUGCCCUCAAUCUCAAUGUAGUGGCCUUGGAAACCUCAUUUGUUAAUAAAGACAGAAUUCAACCAGC